AUGGCAAUCAACCAGCACGAGGACGGAAGUUUUCCCCCGGCCGAGAAGUGCCUUUUCCCCAUCCGCAACGACGGAAAUCUGUCUGCAGACACAGUGACGAAGCUAUGGGGUGUUACGAACCUGUGCUCUUGUGCGCUCCAACAGGCCGGGAUCUUUGAUUCGUCCUCCUGCUCGUCCUGUUUGAAUAGCAUCCCGACCUCGAAACAGCGAGAUCCGAUCUUCUUCCUCGCAACGAUCUGGGCUUUGCUUCUUUGGGAAUAUGCCGAGGUUGAGACUGCCCACGUUGGAGUACAAGAGAUAUCAUCUUCCGCAGACGAUACAGGGAGCAAGAAGCAUAUGAGGUUGCUGGGGGCACCUAGAAGUCCAAAUCUCACACUUGCCCAGCUCUCUCGCGGGAAGGGAUGGUCUGUGUCCAAAGGAAACCGGAAUCACUUCCCCUAUUUCAACACGGGAAUCGUAGUAUAUCGGAACAGCAGCAGACCUGACACACCAGAGUCUGAUUGCCUGACCACAGCAAAUGACGACGAGACGUGUGACAUUAUCCUGGUCGUCGACCCGACUCAGUCCGAGUGGUACCUGAAGUAUAAGACUGCUGUGGUAUCUAGUGGGCAGGCGGAGCAUCUGGCAUCCUUCUUGGUGGAGGCUGCGCGGACGCUGAUGACAGUGGAGGACUCGGGCAGCACGGUCAGCCCCGUAGAACUGUCGGUGACGGUCCCUACGCACCAAAGCUUGAUCAGGAAGUGGAAUAGAGCGGCACCCGUCCAGCUCUCUGCGGCGACAAUUCACCAAAUCAUCCGGAAUGUCGCCAUGACCGACCCGGGGCACCCGGCCCUUAUCGCGUCAGAUGGAGAGCUUACCUACGGCCAACUGGACAGCCUGUCCUCACGCCUGGCACGAUAUCUGCAAACAAAAGGGGUGCGGCCAGGCAUGUUGAUUCCAGUAUGCUUCAACAAGUCCCUGUGGGCCAUUGUCGCCAUGCUUGCGAUCAACAAGGCCGGUGCGGCUUUUGUCACUCUGGAUGCAUCACAGCCACCCAGUCGCCUGCGUUCAAUCAUCAAGCAGCUGGACAACCCUCCCCUGGCGCUUGCGUCUCCCGAGAACCAAACUCUCCUGGCUGACAUGAUCACUCCUACUCUGGCAGUGGCGGACAGCAUUCUGUCGGACCUCCCGAUGAAGACCGCGAAACAGAAUGCCGACGAUUGGCCCGUUGACGCGACUGCGCCGGCCUACUGCUUCUUUACUUCGGGCAGUACCGGUGAGCCCAAGGGAUGUUUGGUCGACCAUGCUGCGCUCGCCAGUGUGGCCACCCACUGCCAUGCGCUGCAUCUCGAUUCCACCAGUCGUGUACUGCAAUUUGCUUCGUUCAGCUUUGGAGUGUCGCUAAUUGAAAUCUGGUGCACCCUGUCCGCCGGUGGCACGAUUUGUAUGCCGUCCGAUUCGGACCGUGUCAGUCGCUUGGGUGACGCCGUUCAGACAAUGGGGAUCAACUGGGCAUUUGUUACCCCCACUGUGCUGGCGACCCUACAUCCCGACAUGGUCCCCGGCCUGCGUCGCAUUCUGGUGGCUGGUGAAGCGCUGAAAAAGGCUCAGAUCUCCGUAUGGGCAAGUCGCACAAGUCUGUUCCAAGCCUUUGGGUUUACAGAAUGGGCCGGCGUGUGCUGUGUGUCACCCCAGAUCCACACAAUUGCAGAUAUCGGCAUCAUCGGAACCCCGGCCAAUGCCCGUUGCUGGCUGAUUAAACCUGGGGAGCCGGAAACCCUGGCUCCAAUUGGAGCAGUUGGCGAAAUCCUGGUGGAAGGCCCCAGCCUGGCUCAAGGAUACCUCCACAGCCCGGAGAAAUCCGCUGCGAGUUUCUUGCAAGCUCCGGCCUGGCGAACGGAGGGAAUCUUGGCUACGGUGGAUGGAAAGAGGAAGACCCAGGAUCGUGUGAGAGGGUGGUAUAAGACCGGUGAUCUGGCCUUUUACGAUUCCAACGGCCUACUGAGAUAUGUCAGCCGAAAGGAUCGCCAGGUCAAGGUCCGGGGACAGCGAAUUGACUUGGGGGAGCCCGAGUUCCAUAUCGCACAGGCAUCGCCUCUGCUUCGCAAGGCGGUCAUCGAUGCCAUUGUACCUGCUGAUGGUGACGGAGUGGCCACUCUCAUGGCUUUUGUGCCCGCGCUUCAGGCGCCAGAGUCGUCCAUGAAUGGUGCCGUUGCUCAUGGCGAUUCGUUCUUCACGGAGCCGAACGCGGAAUUUGUCGCCACUGUACAUAAAGUCAUCGAGUAUCUGGAGGAAAGACUCCCCGACGUGAUGAUUCCCCGUAUUUUCCUGCAGAUCCGGUCCAUGCCACUGACCGUGACGGGGAAAAUCGAUCGUCUGCGAUUGCGACAGGAAGCUCAAAGUUUGCGACACGAAGAACUGCUGCAAUGGACGGGCACGGCAAAGUCAUCAGCCGUCACCAAUGCACCGCAGUCGACCCAUGAGUAUCUCAUUCACGGGCUGGUUGUCGAUGUGCUUCGCCUCAAUGGAGACCAGGUCGGGAUGGAGCACGAUUUCUUUGCUCUGGGUGGCGACUCCGUCAAGGCCAUGAAGCUCGUCAGCCGGGCACGCGCAGCUGGCAUAGAGCUCACGGUCAAGCACGUCUUUGGAUCAUCGCAACUCAGUGAGCUCGCAAUAAUUGCCGCCAAGCUGGACCAGGCGCCGUCUGUGCAACUUCACCAGCUUGAGCCGUUUGCGCUCAUCGACGGCUACUCCAAGUCGGUUCUCAUCUCCGCCGCAAAAGAGCAAUGCCGAGUGGAGGAAGACCAGAUCGAAGACAUCUAUCCAUGCACGCCGCUCCAGGAAGGCAUGAUGGCACUGUCUGCUGCAAAGCCUGGGGCAUACAUUGCCCGCUUCGUCCAUCUAUUGCAACCGCAUGUCAACCAUGCGCGGGUUCGUCAAGCAUGGGAAGCAGUCGUACAGGCUUGUCCCAUCCUGCGGACAAGAAUUGUAUCGGCGCCUGAUGGAGGCAUGUUCCAGGUGGUUCUUCAUGAGUCUUUCCAGUGGGACGAGUUCGACGAGAGUGCCGGAGCAAGCAAGGAAACGUAUAUGGAGAAGCGCCAGACGGAGCCUCUCCUGCUUGGUGAUCCUCUGCUACAUGCUGCCCUUCUCCCUGGAUCUAGCCCAGACAGUCAUACAGGAACUGACUCGUCCACAUACCUCAUCAUCACUAUGCAUCACUCUGUGUGUGACCGAUGGGCAUCUCGUCUGCUCAUGGAUUUGUUUGAGAAGGCGUAUGAUGGGCACGUCCUCGCUCAUAGCCCAAUGACCCCGUUCAUGCACUACAUGCAGCAGCGACUUGCCAAUUCCAGCACUCCAGAAUUCUGGAAACAAAAAUUCCAAGGCCUCGGAGCAGAGGUGUUCCCUGCUCUGCCAUCACCGGGCUACACGCCCAUGCCCCGGGACAGCUGCCAGCGCUCAAUCGUAUAUCACGAGGAUGCUCCCAGUGGAUAUACUAUCUCCAACGUCCUGCGACUGGCAUGGGCGCUGGUAAUUAGCCACUAUACAUCAUCGCCUGAUGUGGUCUUUGGGGUCACUGUAUCCGGUCGCGCUGCUCCUGUCGCCAAUAUCGAACAAAUGAUUGCGCCCAUUGUCGCAACACUGCCUCUGCGGGUACGAUUCAAUCCCACGGACACGGUCCUGGCUGCGCUGUCAGCCGUCCAGAAACAAUCAACAGAGAUGAUUCCAUUCGAGCAGUUUGGCUUGCAGCGCAUUCGGAAAUUGAGCAGCGACGCCGCUGACGGAUGCAGCUAUCAGAGUCAGCUAGUGGUACAGCCAGUCUGGGCCGACGAACAGCGUCCACUCCUCACUACUCUGGAAGCCGGUGCGGCAGUUGCAGGUGGAUUUGCCAGCUGCGCGCUGUCUGUUGUUUGUAGCCUGACAGCAUCACGCCAGGUGGACGUUGCCAUGGAGUUCGAUCCCCUCGUGGUUCCCAAGGCCGGUGUUGAGCGCAUCCUCCGUCACUUCGAGCAGGUUGUUCAGGUUCUUCUGGCCGAGCCCCAAUGCUCCCUUGCCAGUGUGCCCUUGCUCAGUGCAGCGGAUGUUACUCAAUUGCAGCAAUGGAGUGGCAAUCUGUCCACCGUCGACUCUCAAUGUGUCCAUUCCAUCAUCAAGCAGCGCUGUGUUGAGUAUCCCACAUCGACUGCAGUUUGGGCUUGGGAUGGCAAGCUUACCUAUAGAGAGCUGGAUCAACUCUCCGACCGUUUAGCAGCUGAGCUGGCGACAUCUCAUGGCAUCCGGCCCGAGGUAAUCGUACCCAUCUGUAUGGAACGUUCUCGUUGGACGACCGUAGCCAUUCUGGGAGUGAUAAAGGCCGGUGGUGCCUUUGUCCUUCUUGAUGCAUCCCAACCGCAAACUCGACUUGAGAACAUCUGUCAGCGCGUCAAUGCCGCUGUUGUUCUGACCUCUGAGGGAAAUAUCAAGCUCGCGCAGCAGCUGGCCCCUGCAGCUCUCGUCAUAGAUGAACCACACUCGCAGAGCUGGCCGUCUGAUGUGAUCAUUCCGAGCAUCCCUGGGAAACCCACUUCCACCCUGUACGUUGCAUUUACAUCGGGCUCAACCGGUACUCCCAAGGGCGUGGUGAUUGAGCAUCAGUCGUUCUGUGCCAGUGCCCUGGCGUUGAACGACAUCACCCAAGUUACUCCACACUCUCGUUUGCUGCAGUUUGCCGGGUAUUCAUUCGACGGUAGCAUCAUGGAGACGUUGAGCGCGCUCAUGGCUGGCGCGUGCCUCUGUGUGCCCUCGGAUUUCCAGCGGCGCAACGAACUGGCGUCGGCAACCAAGGAGUUCUGCUUGACGCAUGCUCAUCUCACGCCUUCUUUAGCUCGACAUGUGCUGCGCGACAAUCCAGACUUCACCAAAGUACUGGUCAGUGUCGGAGAGCCUUUGACACCAUCUGAUGUAGCCGACUGGGCCACGAGCAAUCCUCAAUGCCGCGUGAUGAACGGAUAUGGGCCAGCCGAGUGUGCAGUCUCAACAACCAUUCAGCCACUCAUCACCACGGAAUCAAGCCCCCAGAACAUCGGCUUCGCUCUGACUGGAAUUGGCUGCUGGGUAGUGCACCCCGAGAAUCACGACAUCCUGCUUCCAAUCGGCGCUGUCGGUGAGCUUCUGGUGGAGGGCCCCACGGUUGCCCGAGGAUAUCUGAACGAUCCUACCCAGUCAGCCGCCGUCUUUAUCUCUUCUCCCCCUUCGUGGAUGCGCACGAUCCGUCCGCAUGGCGCAUCGGGUAGGAUGUACAAGACUGGAGAUCUCGUGCGCUACAAUACCGAUGGAUCCUUGCAGUAUGUUGGUCGGCGGGACUCCCAGGUCAAACUUCGAGGGCAACGCAUUGAACUUGGUGAGGUCGAGAAGCAUGUCCGCCAAUGCUGGCCAGGCCUCACCGGUGUCGCUGUGGAGAUGGUCACUUUCACGACACCAUCGGCCUCCACUCAGAACCUGAUUGGCUUUGUUGUUGCGGACGCUUUCGAUGAGACAAGCUCUGCCCCUCUCGACCUCGGUGGAGAUUUACUGCUGGAGACUCCUCCCCCCUCCUUCCACGAACAAGCCGCGGCAGCUCACGGCAGGCUUUGUGACAGCAUGCCGCGAUUCAUGGUUCCAGAAGUCUUCCUCCCUGUCCGUGCCCUGCCGCAGAGUGCUGCGGGCAAGCUGGAUCGCCGACGACUGCGGGACCUGGCUCGGACCUGCUCUCCUGAGCAGCUGGCGCUAUAUCGCAGCGAUGUGGCCACACAGAAAAGAGCUCCCACCUCUGAAUCGGAGCGCGCAAUGCAAGCUGUGUGGAGCCAUGUGCUGAAUCAUCCGCUGGAGGAGAUCGGAGUGGAUGACAACUUCUACCAUCUCGGAGGUGACUCCAUCACGGCCAUGCAGAUUGUUGCCCAGGCCAGAGCUAAGGGCCUUGCCGUCUCGUUGGAUGAGAUCAUGCGGCACAAGACUAUUUCGCAGAUUGUGCUCAAUAUUGCGGCCGCCCCGAUGAUGCGCCACCAAGCACAAGAGGAUGAACUAGACGUCGAGUUCCCCUUGUCCCCAAUUCAGCAGAUGUUCAUGGAUCACCAGGCACAGAGCGGCGGUUGGAAUCGGUUCAACCAGACAUUCUUACUACGUCUCGCCCAGCCUAUCUCGCUGGAACAGCUAUGUCAAGCCACCAGCACGCUCCUUGCCAGACAUUCAAUGCUCCGAGCGCGAUUCACUCGCUCAUCGGAUAGUCCCUGGACUCAAAGCAUCCGCAGGCUACCAGCAGCUCAUGAACAGCAGGACUACUGGCCCUGCACAGUCCAUGACGUGCGCACACGUGGCCACAUGAACAAGAUAACCACGGCCACCUCAAAGAGCAUCAACAUUGAGGCCGGGCCUCUGGCGGCAGCCAAUUUGUUGAAUGUGCUUGAAGAUGGAUCACAGCAUCUGUUCCUCGUUGUUCAUCACCUGGUGGUUGACUUGGUAUCGUGGCGCAUCAUCCUUGCAGAUCUUGAAUCCAUCCUGAAGGGCGAGACUCUGCCGAGAACCAACGACUCCAUCUCCUUCCAGGCAUGGUCUCGGAUGCAGUCUCAUCAUGCUGAGCAUAUGCUGACCCCAAAGGCUUCGUUGCCCGUUGAUCUGCCGCAGACAUACCAUGAGGAUCCCAGAGCGUUCUGGUUUGCCUCACCCGGUCAGCCCAACCGUAUCGUGGAUACCCAACUGCGCACCUUCACCUUGAAUAAAAAAACCACUCGGGUCUUGCUGGGUGCUGCCAAUCAUACGUUUGAUACUCAGCCUGUUGAAAUUCUCCAUGCUGCCCUGCUACACUCCUUCCGCCGAGCAUUCCCCGACCGUGCUACUCCAGUUUCCUUCAGUGAAAGCCAUGGAAGGGAGGUCUGGGACCCAGCCAUUGAUCUCGCUCAGACCGUGGGUUGGUUCACAGUCGCCUGGCCGGUUGUUGUUCCUGGGUUGGAGCAGGCUGCCCAGGAUGACCUCUUGGACGCCAUCCGCCGAGUCAAGGACGUUCGUCGUGCCGUCCCCUCCAAAGGCUGGGCUUAUUUUGCCUCUCGCUAUCUCAACCCCGACGGCCGCAAAGCCUUCCAGCUGGAGCAUCCCAUGGAGCUGAUUUUCAACUAUGCCGGCGAAUUUCAACAGUUGGAGCAUGCCGAUGCGUUGUUCAUUGCCGAGUCGCACGAGGCGCAGGGAGCCCUGGAUGCCGGGGAGGACAUCCAGCGAUUCGGCAUCUUCGAAGUCUUUGCAUCGGUGCAGCGAGGUCGCCUCCAGUUCCAGUUCAUGUAUCCGCGCGAAGUCCAACAUCAGGACAUGAUCAAUACGUGGAUCGCAACGUGCCAGCAGACACUGGAGGUUGCCGGAUCUCACUUGGUCGCAGCUUCACAGGCGUCCGACCACAUAUCACAUACUCUGGCUGAUUUCCCCCUGAUGUCAUCUUUGACGUAUCCUCAGUUGAAGGAACUGGUGCAAGUCACGCUUCCCAGUCUGGGGAUCUCCAUGGACAACGUUGAGGACAUCUACCCCUGCUCGCCUAGCCAACGCGGAAUGCUUAUCGCUCAGGCCAAGAAGGUAGACAACUACAAUGCCAGUGUGACAUGGAAGGUCCAGUCUCGGAAGGAUGCAACUGCCGAGAAGCUCAAUUUCCAACGGCUCUACGACGCCUGUUAUCGGGUCGUUCAACGACAUGCUGCGCUGCGCACUGUCUUCGUGGAUAGCGCGUCUCCAGAGUCAUACAUGGACCAGGUGGUUUUACGCCAUGUCCGACCGGACUCAGUUAUCAAGCACUCUCUGAUGUCGGCAUCCGAUCCCCUUCCUCUCGGCAAAUCUGGUGGCUGGCCCAAGGGUGAAUUGAUGCACCAAAUCCACAUCUGUCGCGUUGAGAAUGGGAGGGACGAAGAGCUUCUCCUUCGCCUCGACAUGAGCCACACAAUCAUGGAUCGCACCACGAUGCAGAUUAUUGAACGUGAUAUCUGCCUAGCCUACGAAGGGAAAUUGUCCAAUGGACGUGGACCUCUCUACAGUGACUAUGUUGCUUACAUUGACCGUCAGGACCACGAGGCUGCUACGCGUUAUUGGCAGGAAUACCUUGAGGGCAUCGAGCCAUGCGAAUUUCCCAGCAUCAACCCUGAUGUGAGUGAUAAGAAUACGGAGGAAGAAUGGGGACAUGUUUCUCGCACAUUAAAGGAAAGCACUCUGGGAGAGAGCUCGGUCGACAGCUUCUGCCGACAGCACAACGUGACCAUCUGGAACCUGGCAGGCCUGGCAUGGGCUCUUGUCCUUCGCAGCUACACAAACUCCGACAAUAUCUGCUUUGGCUACGUCAAGUCCGGCCGUGACCUUCCCAUUGACGGGAUUGCAGAUGCCGUGGGCGCUAUUCUGAACCCUCUGACUUGCAGGAUCUCCUUCGACAAGAAUGCCACGGUGCAGGAGACGAUUCACCAGCUCCAGGAGGAGUAUCUGCAGAGCCUUCGCCAUCAAUCUUUCUCACUGUCAGAUGCCCAUCGACUUGCAGGUAUCACAAGCGGAGCACUCUUCAACACCUCCGUUGGUGUGCAAACAGGACAGAUUGCUGCGGACGGGGAGACAGCCUUGGAUUUUCAGACAUUGGCAAUGGAGGAUGGCGCUGAGGAUGAUCUCGUCAUCGGUGUUACACCUAACUCUGACCACCUUGUUCUCAACCUCCGGUAUAAGACAAGUGUCCUCUCGGACUCCCAAGCCUCCAGUGUCAUUGCCACCUUCGAAAAGGCCAUCCGGUCUAUCAUCACGACCAGCGGCGAUGCUCCGGUCACUGCAGUAGAUAUCUUCAGUGAGCAUGAUCAUGAUUUGAUCUGGGCGCGAAACCAGGUGGUUCCUCCCCUGGUGGAGGCAUGUGUGCACGAUAUCAUUCAUCAGCGUUGUCUGGAACACCCGGACAGCGAGGCCGCCUGUGACACGGAAGGAUCGCUCAGCUAUCGCGAACUGGAUGAGUUUUCGACUCGCCUGGCGCGGUAUCUCACGUCUGAAUGUGGCGGCAUUGCACCCAAUGAGGUGGUCCCUAUCUGCCUCGAGAAAUCUCGCUGGACCCCCGUCGCCAUGGUGGGUGUGCUCAAGGCCGGCGGAACAUUGCUGCUGCUGGAUACCUCAUAUCCUCAGCAACGUCGGAAGGAAAUCUGCGAUGAGGUUCAUGCCCGCAUCGUGGUGACUUCAGCGACUCAUGCGGCCGAAAGCAGAGAGCUUGCAUCAAGGGUUGUCCUCCUUGGUACAGACGAUCUGGCGUGGGCCGAGCAAUCUCAGCAGAGCACAGAGGUGUCUCUUCCCAAGGUUCAACCAGACCACUCGCUGUAUGUGGUGUUCACGUCGGGAUCCACUGGCAAACCUAAGGGAUUAGUCGUCGGACAUGGCUCUUACUGUAGUGAUGCUCGCGAUCACAUUGCGGCGUGGCAGCUCACACGACGCUCGCGUGUGACACAAUUCUCUUCAUACGCAUUCGACAUGAGCAUCCUCGAGCAGCUGAGUGUCCUCAUGGUCGGAGCCUGUAUCUGCGUGGUGACCGAUGAACAGCGCAAGAACAACUUCAGUGAAGUGGCCCUUGCUCUUAAAGCCAACUUUGCCAUGCUGGUUCCCUCUGUCGCUCUCUUGUUUCGUCCCGAGGAUCUGCCCACUAUCGAUAGCCUCAUGCUGGCCGGUGAAUGCAUGACCGAAACCGAUGUGUCUUCCUGGGCUCCUCAUGUGAGACUGAUCAAUGGCUACGGGCCUGCUGAAUGCUCCGCCUUAUCUGUUGUCCAGUCUUCCAUUUCACCCACCAGCGACCCCCGCAACGUGGGAUAUCCCAUUGGGUGUGUGCUCUGGGUGGUUGAUCCACAGGAUCUCAACUGCCUGGUCCCUCACGGCGCCAUUGGUGAGCUGUUGAUUGAAGGCCCAAUCGUUGGUAAGGGCUAUAUCAACCAGCCCGAGAAGACCGCACAGGCAUUUAUCAAACCCCCGUCAUGGCUGCAAGCUCUGCGUCCUCAGCAGCAGACUGCUGGUCGUCUGUAUAUGAGUGGCGAUUUGGUGCGCUCCAACCCUGAUGGAUCGCUGACCGUCAUUGGCCGCAAGGACAGACAGGUUAAACUUCGAGGACAACGACUGGAGCUGGCUGAAGUCGAGGUCCAUGUACUUCGAUGCUUUGAGGGCGCUGCUCGGGAUGCUGUCGCUGAGAUGAUUGCACCAGGCGGCACCACUAAGUCGCAACUUGUCGCCUUGGUUCUACAGCCAGAAAAUCAAGUACAGGAUGAGGAGCAGCAGUCUUCUGCAUCGGCAAACAAUACCUUUGCCGAUCCCAGUGAGGAGUUUGCCUCCCAGGUCGCGGCUGCAGAGGUCAGACUGCGUCAACAGGUUCCUGAAUUCAUGGUACCGGCCAUCUUCCUUCCUCUUCGGCAGAUGCCCCGCACACAUUCGGGCAAGGUGGACCGUAUUCGCCUCCGGAAUCUUGUGGCAUCUAUGCCUUUGGAGCAGCUGCAAGGAUAUCGCGCUGCCUCCGCAUCCUCUGCCUCAGCCGGAGCGUCCAACAGAGAUCCCCCUUCCACCCCAGCAGAGUGCAAGCUUGCCGAAAUUUGGUCGCAAGUGCUUGAUCUACCACUGGAUACAAUCAGCGCAAAUGACAACUUCUUCCUGAGAGGCGGUCACUCUAUUGAUGCUAUGAAGGCGGCCGCUCUUGGUCGCGCUGCGGGUAUGAGUUUCACAGUCGCGGAUAUCUUCGCCCACCCCAUCCUCACGGAUCUUGCGAGGGAGGCAGUUCCCAAACUGGUCAAUGGUGAUAGCCACGGAAGCAAGGGUACUGAACUAAGCCGGCCGUUCUCGCUGACCUCUCCUGAUGAUGGGAAGUCAUUGCAUGCGCAAAUGUGUGCCCAGGGUCGCAUCCCCAAGAACAGCACUCUGGAAGACUUCCUCCCCGCGACGCAGGCACAGUUCUUCUUCAUUGAGCGAAAGACAUAUCACUCAUACAACUGGACCAUCAAGGGGGGUUCGGUGAGCAUGGAUCGCCUUCGCGCUGCCUGCCAAGCCCUGCUCGACCGCUACAGCAUCCUUCGCACCAGUUUCGUGGAAUACGAAGGGCGUCCCAUGCAGAUGGUCCUGGGCAAUGUGGACGCUGAGAUCCGCGAGUAUCAUUGUGCGGAUGGACAAGAGCCAUUGGAUCUCUGCCGCGCCCAGUGGGAGUGUACUGAGCUGCCCGAAUUGAACGUCAUGGCGGGCUCACUGCCGGUCAAGUUCUCUCUCAUCUCGGCGCCACAGCAAGUGGUUCUUACGAUCCAGAUCUCGCAUGCGCAGUGGGACGGAGUCUCUAUUCCUAGACUGUUUGGCGACUUUGCUGCUCUCUACAACCAAACCGCUUUGCCACCGACGUCGGACUUCUCUCAAUACGUCUAUCAUCGCACGGCGCCCACCCAAGAGGCCAAAGAUCAAGAUCCAGCCUUCAAAUUCUGGCGCGAGUACCUCGAAGGCGCGGAGAUGGCUACUCCAUUCCCAGCACCGCCCCCUACCCUUUGUGCUGAGCAGUCGCACCAGACUCUGUGGACGUUCAAAGGUAUUUCGCCGCCCCCCUCGCUGCCCGCCGGCGUCACCAUGGCUACGCUGGUCAAAUCCGCGAGCGCCUUCUUCCUUGCGCAUCAUCUCAGAGCCAGGGACGUGAUUUUCGGGCACACGGUGAACGGCCGUAAUCUUCCCAUGGACAACAUCGAGUCCUUGCUAGGAUGUUGCCUGAACUUUAUUCCCCUGCGGAUCACGUUCCCUGAAUCCUUCGAUGAGUGGACGGUCUUGGACCUGAUGAACCAUGCCCAACACCAGUAUAUUCGUGCACUGGCUCAUGAGCAUGUUGAGCUCCGCGACAUCUUCCAACACAGCACGAGCUGGCCUGCGGAGACGCCACUGAGCUUCAUCGUACAGCAUCAGAACAUCGAUCUCAGUUACCGACUUCCACUGCGCGGACCCGUCAACGAUAGGGUGGGUAAAGCUGAUGCCAACGCUGAAGGGGACGAUGAUCUACUUGAUGUCCGCUUCUCUAGACUCGCCGUCUUUGAUCCGUUGGACGAGGUCUGGGUGUUUACAGAACCGCAUCCGGACCGCCUGGAGGUGCAGGUGUGCGCCAACAGUCGCGUGCUCGCGCAAGAAGAGGCCACGGUGCUGUCGAAUGGGAUUUGCAGCAUCAUUGAGCAAUUUGCUGCUGACCCGAAUAUGAAGCUGGCGCAGAUCAAAUUUUGA